UUUGGAAUUUAGUACGCACCUCUUGUUGACACUUUGGUUUAAACCAAUCGUAUUAGGAAUUCGUGUACACACCUCCAAAUAUUGUUGACAUUGGAGUCGUACGAAUGAUAAUACAGAGUGUAGUGGAAUUAUCAAGUAAAUUCAGUCAUAUCCGCGUUUGGGAGAUUUCAACGUUGUGAAGACUAAACGUCGAAUUUUUAUCGAUCCAGAUCUCCUUAAAUUGUACAGCAGUUUUGUUUGUCUCAUAGCCUAAUGUAUAAAUUCUUUCGCCAUUUAAAAAGAUUUAACAGAGGAUUAACUUUAACAGGGACUAAAGUUGACAGGUUAUUCCAUUCAGUUUCAUCAACAUGUUCGAAUCCAACAUUACAAAUAUGCAGCCGAAUUUCCUCGCAUCCCACUCCAGUAUACAGGAAACUUCACGCUCGCCUCAUCAGCAGCAUGAUACACGAGGCCUUGCAUAUAGAAUAUUCUGAUGCUGAGUGGAAUACAGACCAAUUUGAAGAGAGACUGUUUGAAAUUCUUGCAGAUUCAAAUGGAAGAGUUUCAGUGGCCAAGUUUAAAUCUGUGCUUGCCUUCUCAGGGCUAAAAGACACAGACCCAAGGCUGAAGGAAUGCAUGAACAAUUUUGAAAAUGUCCUUUCUCGUUACGACCAUGAAAACAAAAGUACGGAUCAGUAUGGGGGAGUUUCUCUGGAUAAAAAGGCAUUCAAAGAAUGCAUCCAGGAUAAUAUCAUUCUCAUCAGUAAGGCCAUGAAGAAUGACUUCAUCAUUCCAGAAUGGCAGGGCUUCAAACAGGAGAUAGACAAAAUAUACAGAAACUGUCGAAACAACACAAAUGGAACGGUGGCCUCUUAUAUUCCACAACUGGCGAGAUACAGUCCAGAUUUCUGGGGAGUGUCCAUUUGUACUGUGGAUGGCCAAAGGUAUUCCAAUGGGGACACAAGUAUCCCCUUUUCUAUCCAGUCCUGCAGCAAGCCUCUAACUUACUGUAUGGUACAGAGUACUGGUUCUGAUGACAACAUUGAACGGAUUCACAAUUACGUGGGUCACGAACCCAGUGGGAGGAGCUUCAAUGAAAUCUCACUUGAUUAUCAAAAUAAACCACAUAAUCCUAUGAUCAACUCUGGGGCCAUCAUUGUCAGUUCUCUUUUGAAGCCAGAGUUAUCUCUCCCUGACAGAUUUGAUUGGAUAUCAAAGAUGAUGUCCAGAAUGACAGGGGGAGAAUAUCUAUCUUUUAACAAUGCAGUAUUUUUAUCAGAACGAGAAACUGCUGACAGAAAUUUUGCCCUUGCUUACUAUAUGAGAGAAAAAAAGUGCUUUCCAGAGGGGACAAAACUACAUGAAGUGAUGGAUUUCUAUUUCCAACUGUGUUCUAUAGAAGUGACCUGUGAGUCCGCCUCUGUCAUUGCGUCCACUCUGGCCAAUGGUGGCAUCUGUCCUAUGACAGGGGAGAGAGUGUUCAGCUCGGCCGCGGUCAGGAACACUCUGUCACUCAUGCACUCCUGUGGGAUGUACGAUUACUCUGGGGAGUUUGCCUUCAGGGUUGGUCUACCUGCCAAAUCUGGUGUAUCUGGGGCUGUUCUGCUAGUUGUGCCAAAUGUAAUGGGGAUCUGUUUAUGGUCACCACCUCUUGACAUGUGGGGAAAUAGCUGCAGGGGCAUCCAGUUCUGUCAGGAGCUUGUAAAUGUGUACAACUUUCAUAACUAUGACAAUCUGAAACACACAGAGAAGAAGAUGGAUCCGACCCGCCACAGAAUGGAUUCAAUUUCACAGGAUGUUGUAAAUAUCUUGUUCGGGGCUUUCAAUGGGGAUGUAUCAGCAUUAAGGAGAUACUACCUACUGGGGUUAGACAUGAAUACCUCUGAUUACGACGGUAGGACGGCGAUACACGUAGCAGCAGCUGAGGGGCAGGAAGCCGCCGUCCGCUUCCUGUUAGAGAAAUGUGGAGUCAUGGUGAAUGUCAAAGACAGAUGGGGUUUCACACCAUUGGAUGAGGCUGUUAGAUUUGAACAUCCCAACAUUGCUAAGCUGCUCACUAGCUACAUGGAAAGGGUUGCCCAUCCGGAGUCAGAUUAAGCUGGAUCAGCUCUAAUAAAAUCAAAGAGAUAUCCAGCAUUGUAUGAUCCAUGUGUUAUAGGAAUCUACCUAGACUACUACUGACAAAUGGAAUUCCAGUUCAUAAAAUGAAAGUAGAACUCCAGAUGGUGAAAUGAAACUAGAAUCCAAGAUCUCUCACAGAUUCAGAAUUACAUCAGGCGAUUACUGUAGUCCACACUCUUGCCAAGAGAGGUGUGCUUGUGAUUAUACUGAAGGUGGAGAAUACUCAACUGCAAUUUAUAGAUAUAUACUGGUACCCCCAAAAGGUGAAGCAAAUUAAACGGCUGAUUAAACUUCUUUUGUUAAUUAUUAUUAACCCUGAUAAUUAACCCUCUAACUCAUCAGAUAGACAUUUAAUAUGAUAAACUAAGUGGAGCCUCAUUUAUCUGGACGCUUUGGUUCCCAGUCAAUUUGUAUGGAUAUAUGAAGCGUCCAGAUAACUGAAUUACCAGUUGAACAAGACAAAAUUACGUUUAAAAAUUCUGUUCCAUUCCAGUUAAUGCCCCUUCCUCAAAAAAAUUAUUCUGGCUAUUGGUUAUAAAGUUCAUAUUGUUACAGUAUUAUGUUCAAGGAAAUGCAAUAGAUAUGUACAUGUACCUGUUGAUUUAUAGCAGCUAUCUUAAAUAUAUUUAUAGGACUGCAUGUAUUAAAAAUAUUUUUUGUAAGGCCAAAAAAAAUUAAUCAAUAGUUUCUCAGGCACCGCCGCAUCAGUUCAAAAAUGGCCGCAUUGAUCAAUUUUAUUGACAUAUUGGAAAGGGAAAUAACUCAAUUUUCUUUUUUUUCCAAGUUGAAAAAGAAAAUUGAACUAUUCCCCUUUUCAUAAAUGCUAAAAUAGACGUUUUUAUGAGAAAAACAAUAUAUUUCUUCUAAAUUUACAAUAUUUUUUUAAUUAACUUUUAAAUAAAUGUUUGGAAUAACAUUAUUUAAAGUUGAAUACAUAUUAUAACUAAUUUCAAAGGAAAAAAAAUUAAGAAUUAGUAGAUAUUAUCAUUUCAUUGAAAAAAUGGCUUGAAAGAGUUGUAAAACCUGC